CCGUGAACGCAGCAUGCAUUCAGACAGCGCAGGCAGCAUCAGGAGGAGGAUGGACAGCUAGCAGCAUGUUCCUCAGCACACACAGCAUCCCACAGACACGAGUGGAAGGCCCACUGAAAUCUUUCUAGGUAGAAAACCAGAGAAGGGGAAGUGACCGGAGGGAAGGAUGGACUCUAUGUCUAUGAUGUGUGGCAGCAGGAGCCCUGUGUUCCUCACAGCCUCCUCCUCCCACCAUCUCCGCCACGUCCAGGACCAUCUGCUGCCCAGCGGCAUGAAGAACGGAGCAGCCGAUAUAGGAAGCUCCUGUCUGCAACCCACCGUGGCCAUCCUGGGCUCCGGUGACUUCUCCAAGUGCCUGACCAUUCGAAUGCUGCGCUGUGGCUUCCAUGUGGUGGUGGGCAGCCGCCAUCCUAAGCUGGCAGCUCAUUCGUUUCCUCAUGUGGUGGAUGUGACACACCAUGAAGACGCUGUGGGGAAGGCUAACAUUGUGUUCCUGGCAAUCCGCCGUGAGCACUACCCUAUUCUGUGGGACCUCAAACAUCUACUGGAAGGGAAGAUCCUGGUGGAUGUCAGUAACAACAGGAGGGUGAACCAGUAUCCAGAGUCUAAUGCAGAGUACCUGGCUUCACUGCUGCCAGGUUGUGUUGUGGUGAAAGGCUUCAAUGUCAUCUCAGCCUGGGCCAUGCAGCAGAGCUGUCCUAAAGACGCCAGCACACAGGUCUUCAUAUGCAGUGAUUCUGUGGAAGCUCGACAGCAGAUUAUGGAAUUAUCUCGUCAGCUCAACUUCCAGCCAGUUGAUAAGGGCAGCCUGUCUUCUUCUCGGGAUAUUGAGAACAUGCCCAUACAGUUAUUUCCGGGCUGGAAGGGCCCUGUCCUCGCUGCUGUGGCCCUCGCCAUCUUCUUUUUUGCUUACUCUUUUGUGCGAGAUAUAAUCCACCCAUAUGUGAAAUACAAGCAAAGUGACUUUUACAAGAUACCCAUAGAGAUAGUGAAUCGGACCCUGCCCACUGUGGCCAUCACUCUCUUGGCUCUGGUGUACCUGGCAGGCCAGCUGGCAGCUGCCCACCAGCUCUACUAUGGCACCAAGUACAGGCAUUUCCCACACUGGCUGGAAGGCUGGCUGCAGAGCCGCAAACAGCUGGGUCUCCUCAGCUUCUUCCUCGCUGCUGUCCAUGUUCUCUACAGCCUCUGUCUGCCCCUGAGAAGGUCUGAGAGGUACCUGCUGCUCAACACCGCCUACCAGCAGGUCCAUGUUAAUGUGGAGAAUGCGUGGAACGAGGAGGAAGUGUGGAGGGUAGAGAUGUAUGUUUCCUUUGGGAUCAUGAGUCUUGGGCUCCUGUCUCUCCUGGCCAUCACCUCCAUCCCAUCCGUCCACAGCACCCUCAACUGGAGAGAGUUCAGCUUCAUACAGUCCACUCUGGGCUACAUCGCCCUGCUCAUUGCUACCUUCCACGGCCUGCUGUUUGGCUGGAAACGAGCCUUUGAGGAGGAGGCCUACCGUUUCUACCUGCCGCCCAGCUUCGUGGUGGCCCUGGCCCUGCCGGUGUGUGUCAUACUAGGGAAGGUCCUGAUGCUGCUCCCCUGUGUGGCCCACAAGCUCCACCAGAUCCGCAGGGGCCUGGACAGCAGUCAGUACCGGUGCCAGCGCCUGGAGCCGGUGGGCUCAGCCGCCCACAUCUCCCCUGAGAGAGUCACCAUCAUGUAGUCGCUGCAGACGGAGCUGCUUCUGUUGGGGCUUUCACAUCCUCUGCUACAGCAAGCUGCUUUACUGGACCUGAUGACCAGUGCUUAUCCGUGUGAUUCUUGUUGAAAGGACAUGCUACUCUCACUUUGUGACAUGUGAACUGUUUUUUCUGACAUGUGAACUCUGUACUUGUGUACUUAGAAGCUGUAAACAUUCACUAGAGCUACGGUCCCAGUAUGGCUAUUAUGUUACAGUUGUUUGCCCUUUAAAAUUUUACACUGAAUAUUCUUCUUUUGGCUGUAUCUAGUCUAUAUGCUCCCAGUAUUUAAUCAGUACUCUGUUCAGCUGUGAAGAGGAACUCCAAUUUUACACAUAAAGUAUAUUUUCCUGCUUGUACUUAGCCUGUAGAAACAGUGGUUUACUGUCUUAUAUGGCCCUAGAGGAGCUUUGUCGUGUGAUGUCACGGAAGGCGGAGGAAGUUGAUGGCAGUGUGAUACUGAACUGAAGCAGCUCCUAGUAGGUUUACCAAUCUCAUUCAAUAUAUGUUUUUAUUCCUACAGGUCCUAGCAUAUAAUGUCAUCUGGCAGUAGUUACAGGGCAGAACUUAUUUAUUUACCAGGUUGGACAAUAUUACUAGCUCCUACUAUCACCUACAAUGAUUAAAACUGUUCUAUUUCUGGUCUCAAACUAUAAAGAAAUGUUAGCAGGUGUUCUGUUUUUCUGUCUGUUAGGGCUGUAUUCCAGUACCGCUGAAUAUUGUGUCUGUAUGUCAUCUGUGAGAGCCAUGACUUCAACAAUUUAAGACUUUACCACGCUAUUCUUCUAGUCUAAUUCGUGACCUAGAAUUCAGGUUGAGUAGACAGAAGGAACACUGGCUAAAUGUGGUGACAUCAGAACUGUGAAUGUCUGGAUGUGAUGUAGAAAGAAACUGCACAAACAUUCAAAGAAAUAAAUACAAAACUUGUGGAACAA